CUUUUUAAAAAAAAAAAGAAGCCCGCAGACAGUAUAGCUCUUUCUCGUGGAGACAUCAAUUGGAAGAAGGCGAUCAUUUCAUCUUCAAUCCAAUCCAAAACGAUUUCUUCCUUUCAAAUCCAAUGCUAACAUGACUUAAAACCCCAAAACCCCAACUGAAAAUCUAAGCUUUCUUUACCACUGACAUUUUUUUCUCAGUCAUUUUAUCGAGCACUUACACUCUAAUAGAAUAUAAGUCUCAAGAACAAUGCUUCGAAGGUCCCUUUUGGAGUUAUCAAGUCGUCGUCAAUCACUAAGCAGGAUACCGAGGCAGAUUACUUCUCAGCGUGUGUCCCCCUUCCUUUCUUCAAGGAAGGAAUUCUCAACCACUUUACAGAAGAAUGCAUCCCCAAACGGUGAUCAGAAUGAUAAAUCAGAGAGGACGGGUUCACUUUUAGCAAAAGGCUUAGGUGCAGCUCUUGUUGUUGGGACAUGUUAUUAUGUAGGCUGGUUAGACCCAUUUAUUGAAUUAAUUGGUAAAAAGAAGCAAGUUUAUGUUAACUCGGGUGGGGAUGGCAUUGAUCAUGAAGAUGUGUCAGCCAUGAGUGAAGAGGCUAAUAAAUUAAGCCAUUUUAUAGAGGAGGCUGCGCAAAAGGUUCAAACUCAGACAGAUCUUCCUAAUGUUGAAACCAAGAAGGACAAGGUUGAAACUCGUAUAGAUCUGAUCCAUGUUGAAACUGAGCAGAAGGUUGAAACUCCUUCAGAUCUUCCUUAUGUUGAAACCGAGCAGAAGGCUGAAACUCUAAGGAAAACAGAACCUGAUAAUCAGUACCAGGUAGACCAUGGGACAAUCUCUGUUGAGGAGGGGCAUGAACCAAAAUUUUCUCAAUGUAUAGGUUCUGAAGGCAGUCUUAGCGUGGAAAGCCCAGAGUUGAAAACUACUGAAGAAUCGAAUGAGGGAACUCAAGUUACAGAAGUACAACCUCAGGAUGCAACUGUUCCUGUAGAGAGGGAAAUAAAAGCAGUUCAAACUCAGAAUGUUACUUCAGAAGACAGAUCUGAGGGUGCCUUUGGUGAAGAUGUAGGAACAUCAAGUCUACUUGAUUCAUACCAUCUUGAUGACAAAGCUGAAAAGAACACUGCAACAGAGGGCCUUGGAGAACAGGCUAUUGUUAGUGCCAUAGAAGAACUGAAUGAGGGUUACCUAACUAAAGAUGGAAAGUUAGUUAUGGAUUUUCUCGAAGCAAUUCAUGCAGCUGAAAAGAGGCAAGCUGAUUUGGAUGCCCUUGCUUUUGCUGAAGAAAAAAGAGCUCUGAAGGAGAAGUAUGAAAAAGAACUGAGGGAUUUAAGGGCUAGGGAACUUAUGCACACAGAAAAGGCAGCAAUAUUGGAUAAGGAAAUAAAAAGAGAGAGAGCCAAAGCUGCAGCUGCAAUCAAGACACUUCAAGAAAGGAUGGAGGAAAAAAUUAGGGUGGAGCUUGAACAGAAGGAAAAUGAAACGGAAAUGAAGCUGCAAAAGUUGAAGGAGCUUGCAAAAGCAGAGUUGUUGGCUGCAAGUGCACGGGAGAAGGCAGCACAGAUUGAAAAGAUGACUGAAGCAAAUCUCAAUAUAAAUGCCUUGUGCAUGGCAUUCUAUGCGCGAUCUGAAGAGGCUCGUCAAAUUCACUCUGUUCACAAGCUUGCUCUUGGAGCGCUUGCAUUAGAAGAUGCACUUUACAGAGGACUACCGAUUCAGCAAGAGCUAGAUGCUUUAAACACCUAUAUUGAGGGCAUUGAUAAGGACUCACUUUUACUUCUGGUUCUAUCAAACCUUCCUGAAGAAACAAAGCACCAUGGUCCUGAUACACUAUUGGAAUUGAAUCAGAAGGCAAGUCACUUGUUGAUCCAUUUGUUAGCAUGUGCCAGUAAAUGGUGUAAUCCAGUUGUGCAGAUUGAAUGA